AUGAAUAACAACAGCAACAACCGGAGUUGCAGGGCGGAGCGUGCAUGCAAGCCUUGCCGCGAUCUCAAGGUGCGGUGUAGACCCUGCGCCGAGAGAGAUGACAUUUGCCAGAAGUGUCAGAGAUCGGGUGCCAAAUGUAUCUUUGAAGAGCCCCGGCCGCGGAAGAAGCGCGAAACCACGGCUGGCAGCGACAGCCACCACGAUGCGAUUGUGACAGCCUUGGCCGCCCAGGUCUCUGAAUUGACCUCAAAGCUCGAGAGGAGUCAACAGGGACGUUCUAGCGAUCUAGGUCAUGACCUAAAUGGCUCUGAUUCAGCCACCAUCCCGAUGCUAGAGUCGGCUUCCCAUGUGCCAUCAUCGAGAUCAGCUAAACCAAGUGACGCUAGACUGGCGUUCAAUGGGCCUGACGAACCCGUUCUCAAUCGAUUGCUACGAUCCGGCCUUCUGACCAUCGAUGCUGCUAGUGGAUAUCUUUCCAAAUACGGCCAAAUGUGCCCUUACUCUCCCUUCGCGAUAAUCUCUCCAGACUCGACAAUCCAAUCCUUGUCUCAAGAUCACCCGUUCUUCUUGCAUGCCAUACUCUGCGUCUCCUCUGGCUCGGAUAGACCUCUCCAGAAACUGCUCGAGCAGGACUUUCACGAGCGACUACUCCGAACGACCACCAUCGAGGGCGAAAAGAGUAUCGACCUCCUGCAAGCCUUUGUCGUCUACCUGGCAUGGUACCACUUCUUCUACAUACCGAUGAAGCAGCAGUUCAAUCAGAUGCUGCAGAUCGCCAUCAGCAUGUGCGUGGACAUGGGCCUGGACCACGGCCCCAGCGAGGCUGCCGCCCGGAAGAUCGGGCUCCAGCUGGAUCACCACUACUCAGUGGGUGGAGCGCGGAAUGAUCGAUUUUUCAGCAAAGCAGCCAGGAGAGCCUAUAUCGGUUGCUAUUAUCUUUCGGCAACAUCGGCUUGGAUAUGGCGCAAACCGAACAAUGUCCCCUUCAGCAGUUAUAUGUUGGAAUGUGCUCAAUCGCUUGCGGACAACCCAGAAUAUGACACCGAUGUCCUGAUUCUCCCACUUCUCCGCAUGCAAGUUCUGGGAGACGAGUACCAUAAUAUACUUCUGUCAGGAAACUUUGCAUACUCCGGGCCCUUGAGUUCCGUCAGACUGGAAGCAACGCUGAGUACAUUCCGGACGAAGAUGGACGAAAUUCUGCAAUUGUCGACAGAGGAGUAUAAUCUGAUAACAACGCUCGCAUCUCACUUCUCAUCUUCGCACGCCCACGAAAUGGAUCUUCUCAACCCCUGUCUGUCUAACAAAUGUCCCGAGACAGGAUCUGGAGGAUCCCACGGGCAAAGGUCAUCCACGGCGUCCAGCCAGAACGACAUCCUAAGCGUCUGCCUCCACGCCGCAGUCUCAUUCCUCGAGACAUUCCUCUCCCUCCCUCCGACAGAGUAUGAGAAGCUCUCCGUGCUUCAAUGGUGGGGGCUCAUUUGCAAUACCGCAUUCUUGUAUCGCUUGUCCCUAGGGACUCCUCAGCUACGGGCUUGGAAUGUAUCCGCAGCCCGUAGUGUUGCCAAACUCGAGAUAUACAUUGACCUGCUCUGCUACCGUCUGCAGAGCGUCACCAGGUCACCAACAACCGAGGCGCCUAUGGGUCGGGAUCUCUUCUCUCUGAUGGGGCCUAUCUUCGCCAACGUCAAAGCGACUUACGAGCGAUUAAAACGGCUGCCUCAUUUGUCCAGUGAUCUUCACGAACAGCCCGCUCAUGCAAAUGUCUUCGGCCUGGAGGGCAGGGAUCCUAGUCUUAUUCCCGUGACUCCAGCAACAGCACCAAAGAUAGCGUCGGCAGAAACAGCAACCAAAAGACUACCCAAGAGCGACACGCAUCCAAGUCGUUGUCCAGCGUUUAAAUUCUGGUCGCGUGCCGAGGACAUCUCUCUCGGCAUCAACAGUAACAACGACGGUGCAGGUCAAUGGGGUCUGCCUGAGUCAAUGGACAUCAGCAGUGCAUUGUCCGAUCUAGAUUCGUUGGAGGCUGACAAUCUUUCGUGCUGGCUCCAAGACAUCCCCGAACUACCUCCGGAGAUCGAAAUGUCAGACUUUGCGCAUAGUUCCGACCUCUGA